UUUGUUUGUUUGGUUUCCAAGUUUCCAUCUUCGGUAAAUUUUACAGCAGCAGUUUGUGAGUGUAUCAGUUUCAGGACGCUGAAAAAGCUUUGGAAAUGUUGAGAAGUUUACUUCUCCGCGCUUCGACACGACGCCGUUUCUCGCACGCGAUUGCUCCAUCGCUCUCACUUCGUCGUUGUUCUUCCCGUCCUUCAGGAUUUGCAAACGGUACUUUCGUCGAACAGUUGGAGGAUGCAAAUGCCGCUCCACCGCCGUCCGCCAAAAUCUCCGUCGACCGCUCCGGCUUAUACAAUGUUCCUGAGCAUUCGCAUGAACCGUCGUCCGAUUCUGAGCUUGUUAAGCAUCUAAAGAGCAUUAUCAAGUUCAGAGGGGGUCCUAUCUCAGUUGCAGAGUAUAUGGAAGAAGUCUUGACAAACCCAAAGGCAGGGUUCUAUAUUAAUCGUGAUGUGUUUGGAGCAGAAGGUGAUUUUAUUACCUCUCCUGAAGUAAGCCAGAUGUUUGGAGAGAUGAUGGGCGUUUGGGCAAUGUGUCUCUGGGAGCAAAUGGGACAACCAAGUAAAGUAAAUUUGGUUGAGCUAGGACCGGGCAGAGGAACUCUCGUGGCUGAUCUUCUACGGGGCACAUCAAAGCUUAAACACUUCACAGGAUCACUGCAUGUACACAUGGUUGAAUGUAGUCCAACCCUGCAGAAGCUUCAAUACAAGGCCUUGAAGUGCCAAAAUAAGAAUGAUACAGGUGGAAAUGCAGCGGACCAUAUCGUUAGCACAAUAGCAGGAACUCCUGUAUCAUGGCAUGCUACAUUGGAACAGGUUCCAACUGGAUCUCCCACUAUCAUCAUAGCACAUGAGUUUUAUGAUGCCUUACCAGUGCACCAAUUUCAGAGAGCAUCUCAUGGCUGGUGUGAGAAAAUGGUAGACAUUACUGAGAAUUCCAUGUUCCGUUUUGUAUUGUCUCCACAUCCUACCCCUUCAACUCUCUAUCUCAUGAAGCGCUGCAAGUGGGCUGAAAAUGAAGAAAUAGCGAAGCUUGAACAGAUUGAGGUAUGCCCUAAAGCAAUGGAUCUGACUCGGGCAAUUGCUGACAGAAUAGGUUCAGAUGGUGGCGGGGCUCUUAUAAUUGAUUAUGGCCUGAAUGGAAUAGUCUCAGAUAGUCUUCAGGCAAUUCGAAAACAUAAGUUUGUUAACAUACUGGAUAACCCUGGAACAGCGGAUCUAAGUGCUUAUGUUGAUUUUCCUGCAAUUAGGCAUUCUGCCGAGGAGGCUUCAGAAAAUGUAUGUGUACACGGGCCAAUCACUCAGUCUCAACUCCUUGGCUCUCUUGGAAUAAACUUCCGAGUUGAAGCAUUGAUGGAGAACUGUACCGAUGAGCAGGCUGAAUCCCUAAGGACCGGAUACUGGCGGCUGGUGGGUGAUGGUGAAGCCCCGUUUUGGGAGGGUCCAGAAGACCAAGUGCCCAUUGGAAUGGGAACUCGGUAUUUGGCAAUGGCGAUUGUUAACAAGAACCAAGGUGUUCCUAUUCCAUUUCAAUGAACUUUUUUGAACGAUUCUCUUACAUUUCCAUAGAGCAUUUUUGUAAACUAACGUUUUCUGUUUUACGUUUUCCGUUUUGUUAAAUGUAUCUUGUUUGUUGUAGAACAUAGUAUAGAGUUGGUGUUUCAGACUAGUUU